UUGGGACAACAUGGCGGCCAAAAUAACAAGAAACGCAAGAUUUCGCUAAUUUUUAGGGAUUUACGGCUAAACCUUGAUAUUUUCCCCCAAAACUAUGGCGCUCCAAAGAAGAGACAAGGAUCGAGACUUCAUUGCCGAGUUGGCAAACUUACUACGUGAAAAUGCGGAGGGAAUCCUGGAUGGCAGCAGUAAGCUGUCCCUGACCACCUCCUCAGUCUGUUACCUGAACGAGUGUUUUGACCGGGUGUGUGAGGGGGACAGGAACCAGGGGUUUGAGGUGGUGCGAGCUCAGGUCACCAACUCCAGGGUCUACAGCGACAUACAGCUGCUCUUUGAUCUGGUGCAGAAAACUCUCUCACUCAAGUUGGUCCUAAGUUCCACGACCCUCCAAGGCGGUGUGCGUGUGGCUCGGUUCCGGUCGCUUACGACGCUGGAGAUCAAGCGUGUGCCGAUCCACCUGGUGGUCGGGCUGCAGGUGCUGAGGUCGCAGCUGCAGGUCAUCAUCUGUUCCAGGUGCAUCACCAGGCUACAGGAUGUGUUUGCCACCUGUGGAGGAGACAGCAGCCUGCCCCUGUCCUGGCCGGAGCUUCACACAGUCAUCAUGAGUUACAACAGUCUGGAGAGGCUCGACGACUCACUGAGGUUACUGCAACAAGUUACGGUUCUAGAUUUGAGUCAUAACAGCAUCAAGGUCACAGGGAAACAUUUAGAGUAUCUCCCAAGCCUGACCCACCUGAACCUGGGGUAUAACCAGCUGGAGGCCGUCCCCACCCUCAGUCUCACAGCCAGGACUAAACUCCAGUCUCUCAUCCUCAAGAACAACAACCUCGAUAACAUCGAAGGUGUGGAGUCAUUUCAGAAGGUGCAUGAACUGGACCUGUCUAACAACUGUCUGUAUGACCACAGCAUGCUGGAACCACUGAGCUUCCUCAACUUCCUACACAUGUUGUCCCUAUAUGGGAACCCGCUGUCCUUCCACCCUGCACACAGACAACAGACAGUCAGACAUCUCUCUCCUAUCACAGGCAUGCAGGAGCUGAUUUUGGAUGGCAAGAAGCUCACCAAAGAAGAGAUAACUCUCCUACCUAAGCGUACCAUCCCUGGCGACCAGACCGAAGUCCGGUACGCCUCCCGUGUCUACACCGCGGACUCGGAUGUCUCAGAGCUGGAAACGUCCACCUCCCUGACCUGGCCCAAGGCUCAGAGGAGCAGGAAAUCAGGAAGGAAAGUCAGGAACGCGGCGAUCUCAGACACAGAGGAUGAUCUGGACCAGACCAGAGAAGAGAUGGAAGCGAUGAGAGAACAACUGGGCCCUGAUUGGCUAAUAGCCAGCCAGCUACCAACCAGAAGUACAGAGACAAAUGCAACAUCCAAUCAGAUGUCUGAAGCUGUUCCUCCCAGCACUGCAAAGACAGUGACAACUGCACAGAUACACGUGUCCAGUGAGGAUAUCUCACCUGAGAGUGUGCCAUCCAAACAGCCCAGUGAAGUCGAGGAGUCGACCGACAUUUAUGGUGCAGGGGCUAACAGCAGCAGCUCCGCGGGGCAGACCCUCAGCAGACAAGUCAGCAGAGAUGUCUUCGGAGUUCAGCAGGACAGAAUACGCAGAUACAGCGAACAGUCCAAUGACAGCCACUCAGAGAGCCAACCGUUCCUGGUCACACAUAGAGAUGGCAAUGACAGCGGGUAUUUUUUCGUCAUCGUCAGAGAAAAGUUUGUGGUAGAAAAAGACUUGGACGGCAGAAUUAUGGACAAACUGGAGACCAGCUGUCUCAAAACCGUGGAGAGGGGUCAGGGGGUCAACCAAGAGGAUGAUGGUCAGUAUCCUGUGGUGUCCUUGGUGUUUGACUACGUGAGAAAAGACAGACAGAAGCGGGAAUACGUCCUAAUAGAUGACGACCCAGAACAGAGCUGCCAGGUUCUACUGGGUUUGUUAGAACCCAUUGUGGAGACCAACCAGAGUCUGACUCUCACCAAGCAGUACCAGUGCCUUAAAUGCUCCAGCAAGUUCAGUCAAGGUCAAGCCAAGGUCAUAGUGCUGACCAAAGACGACAGCGUGGAGGAGGUGACCGUCUGUCCGUCCUGUCAAAGUCACAUGAUCGUUCAGCUGGACAGCCAACCAGCAUUCAGCUCUUCUGUGCCUGGGUCCAGGCCUGCGUAUGGUACGGCUGGUCCCAUUGGUGGAACAGAGGAGGGGCAGAGGUCAAGGUCAGGGUCGUCCGUGGUCGGGUCGCUGUCAUCGUUUGACAGAGGGUCGCCUGCCGCGACCUCAUCGCCAUGGAAACAGGGCAGGAAGUCACCACAAGAAGAGCCGGACUCGUCUGACUAUGGCACCUCCGAGAACACCCCCACCACCACACCCCACAAGUCCUCCAACAAAGAUACUCCCUCCUCAGAUAAUCUCCAGGGCUCUUCCACAAGUGAAAGCACCCUGGUUGAUGUCAGCAGGACAGAAAUACCGGAGGCAGAUCUAUCAACUAAACUGAAAAACUCCCAGGACAAGACAUCAACUGUAACAGGAGACUCACAAUCCUCUCCGAAGAAGUCUGAACAAAGUGUUAAUUUUGACGACUCUAACGAUUCAGUGAUAGUCAGGAGAAAGUCGAGAAGUGGGAAGUCAAAAAAGGGCUCAAAAGCUAAAGUUGUGGAAAUAGGGGAGACUGAGAAAUCGAAGAAGUCAGACAAACUAAAACUUUCAGUGCAAGAAAGUGCCUCACAUGAGACUGAUGUGAACAUGUUGGAAGCAAGGCACAACACAGAGGCUGUAUCAAAGAGAGCCUUAUCAACUGAAGGUACAAAGGAAAGACUUUCUCCAACAGCAAAGGUAAAACACAACAACAGAGACGCUAGUCCCAAAAGUCCUGCGUCCUCCCACAAACUGUUACAGAACCGCAAACGUAACGACAGCUUUACAGUGCUAAGUGAGGAUUCCACUGUAGACUUCAACACUGCAAACGAAGAUCAACAGAAUGUGGAACGAACGGAUUCUCCUAUUCAAGAAGAUGGCCCAGUCUUAAACGGGGAUGCAGAGAAUGAAGAGAUAAGCGUCAGACCAAAGAGACAGGACAGUGUGUACAGUGAGAUUGCUGUUCUUUCAACUGAUGAUUCAAACACUGAAAACCCCACCGAAAGAAACAGGGCAGAAGAUUCAGGUGCAGUAGUUUCAGACAUGCAGUCUGCUGGUGACCAAAAAGACGUUUCAGAUAUCUAUAGUAGACAGGUUUCACGUGAUAUGGCCACUAGCCCUCUCACUGGGAGCACGUGCACAAGCAUGGUGGCCAGCAUGUACGAGAGUGCAAUAUCAGAAAACGGAGAGGAACAAACUAGGGAGAGUUCGGAAACAGUCAAUAUCAGUUUGUCUGAAGUGGAACAAACCGAUGUUGGUAGCAAGAAAACUUCUGAUUCUGAAACUGCUUUGAGGAACAGAAGAACGACCAACGGGGAAGAAGAAAACCCGGAUAUUUACAGCUCAAAUUUUCUUGGAUCCUCCGCACCAAGCACUUCUAGAAAUACAUCGUUGGACAAGCUGUUUUCAGAACUGGAUCCGUCGAGAAGAAGGGAGACAAAGAAGGAGCCAGAAACAGGGAUAAAGUUUUACACAGAAGACUUCACCCUCGUGGACCACAGGAUGAAACUGUUCCUCACCAUGUCUGUGUUUGGGGAAGACGAGGAAUUCGAGUGUCUCAUCAAGGCCCCCGUGGUGCAAUAUGGGAAGCCCCAAGAGAAACCUGCAGUACUGGUGUCGUCUGAUAGGAGCGUUUAUGUACUCAAGAUCACAGGGCAAGAGAGUGAGGUGCCAUCUGAUUGGCUGCAGACUCUGGCUCGUCACCCAAUCACAGAGCUCCAUUACAUCGACAUCGGUCUUGGCAGCCAGAGUUUCCGACUGGAGUUUUCAGGCCACGGCGGCUGCUACACUUUCCUGGUCAGGGAUAGCGAACGCUGCCGCAGGUUUCUCAGGGUCUUCACUGGUAAGAGACAUCUGUUUUAUUUGUUUUACCUUUAG